AUGGCCAGAAAUGAGGAAAAAGCGCAAGCAAUGUUAAAUAGAUGGUGGAAUAUGAGAAAAAAUCUUAAUAGGACUCCUGCAAAGGAGCGCCCGACAACCCACCAUAAAAUAAUGUAAAUUCCAAGAAUAAAUGAUUGCGAAAAGUUUAGAAACGCUAUUUUGAAAGAAAUAAAUAAAAAAGUUUGUAUUAUAUAAAAUGCAGGUUUAGGGGAACAUAAAAUAAGAGAACUAAACGAUGAAAUAAAUAAAUUAAUUAAAGAAAAAAGCUCCUUUGAGGAAAGAAUUAAAGAAUUAGGUGGUCCUGAUUAUAAAUAAUAAAUUAAAAGGAUGUUUGAGGAUGAUGGAGAUGUUUUGCCAGGACAUGGAGAUUAUCAUUAUUUUGGGGCAGCAAAAGAUUUACCUGGAGUAAGAGAAUUAUUUUAAAAGAAAAAACCUGAGCCUCCUAAAAGAAGUUUAAUUGAUAUUUACAGAGGGUUAAAUAUGGAGGAUUAUUAUGGAGUAAAAGAAAAUGAGAAUCAGGAAUUAUUAAAAAGUGAAUAAAUAGUUGAGGAAAGGUUGAAGAAAGAAGAAAUAUAAAAUUGGAUUAAUCAAAACUAAGAUUUUAUUUUAAAUUAUUGUAAAAGCAAUAAUCCGGAUAUUGAGGAAAUUUUAUAAUUAAUUGAAAUAUAAGCUAACGAUGAUUCAGACGAUGAAAACUAUAAUAAAACGGAAUAGGAAUAGUAAAAUUAAUAAAAUAAAAUUAAAAAAAAAAUCGAAGAUAUGACUGAAGAGGAAAAAUAUGUAGAAUAAAAGAAAUAGGAAUUAUUAAAAAAAUAUUUAUAUGCAAAUAAUGACGAUGAUGAAUAAAAAUAAAUUAAAUAAAAUUGUGUAGAAGAUGAAGAUUAACAUUUAGUAAAAGAAUUAAUUGAAAUGAAUAAAAUUCAAUGA